AUGAAUGUGGUUUGUGACUUGUUGGCAGAGGAGCCGUCCGGGAGCUUCGAUGCCCUGCCCCAGGUUUCCCAAUGUGUUCUGCGGCCGGUAACUGUUCCUUCCGACGCGGUUCACGUUGCUCUCAGAACUGAGGCUGCUUCAGAGCCCGACGACUGGCAGAGUACUCUUUUCGAAUAUUUUGCCGCCCCACGCGUUUUGGCGGAAGGCCAAGUUUGCGCAGUGCUGUCUUCCACUGUGCUGCGUCGCGACGGAUUGGAUAUCAGCCCCGGUGGCGGCGAAGCUGACGUCGAACGUGGCCGCGGUGACGCUGACGCCUUUCUGAGCGAAGAGGAAUCCCCUUUAGGUCCAAACUCUUGCUCACCGCAAAGCGGAAUUCACAGUCCUGCGCCAUCGCUUAAGGCUGCGGCAACCUGCCACUGCCUCACCAUGACGCCUGACACGGCCGGUUUACACUCCCCGCUGUUCGUCCGCGCGCCGCAGCAGCGCGCGCAUCCAGUCCCCAGACCUGCAACGCCGCCACAUCGCGGGAGCCGCGCAUCGUCUUUCCGAGUCGACGAGCGCAGCGCGGGCGGGGACCUCGGCUCUCGUCGGUAUCCGCGGGGGCGACGAGGCCGCGCUCGACCUUCGGAUGCGCCGCUGUCUUCAACGACGGACUCAAAUUUGCAGGCGGAAAACCGGUUCCAGACACACGGCGGUGGGAGAAGCCACACAGACGGUGGAGGCCCGCCUCUGUUAACGGCAGGUGCUGAAGAGACAGUCGGCCACCGUGUAAAUCCUGCGGUUGUUACAGCCGUGAGAGCCUGUCCAGGCGGAGAGUAUGAAUUGAGCAGUCUGUCAACGAAUGUAUUCCUUGCUUUGGAGUGGGACAGAAAGGUGCAGCACUGUCUGAGGUGGUUUGUCGUGGAAAGUCUUCAUAUUGAGACAGACCGAACGGCGGGAUCGGACAGCUGCGCUACACCGGCAGUUUCUCCUCCCGUGGGUGUCGUGUCUCGGGACUCCACGAAGCUCCUGUUGGGGGGGCGGCCGACUCCGCGGCGUCUGAUUCCAUUUGCCGCCUACCAUCUCCUCUGGUGUCCUCCGCCGACCGUGCUGCCUCCGCUGCGGGCGCCUCUUGCUCGGUUCCUGUCUUUCGCCUCCUCCCUAGUCUCGUCGCCUUCGCAUGUCGGCGGAGGGUUUCGGCGCGCAGGCAUCCUCCUAAAAGGCACCCGAGGAUGCGGCAAACGCAUUCUCGCACGUUUGGCCUGCCAGCGGCUUGGUUUUCACUACAAGGAACUCGAUGGCCUUGCCAUAUCGCAGUUGGCGACAGGGGCCUCGGGAGCGGCAGGCGUAUACGCUCUGACGUGUUGCACUCGAUUGGGUGGCGCAGAGACGCAUAUCGACGAUUCGGUCGCUCCAGGAAACAAUUCGCCUUUCUCAGCAGCACUCGUGGAAGCCGCAUCGGAGGCCACCCCGGUGCUCAUUCACAUCAGACGGCUGCAAGCCCUUUACCACCCGCCGACGGGGGAGACUCCUUCUGAGGCAGAAGUAAAUCGCCUCCAGGCUCGUCUCGCCAACCACCUGCGGUGGUUUCUGACGGCCCAUGGCUGCUGGCUGGAGCGCUGCCGACAAGAGAACUGGAGCGGCGCCGGCGCUGGCGGGUCCUACGAAGGCGCCGAAGGUGACCCUGUCGAUCAGACUGUUUUGGUUGUGGCGAGCCUACGCACGGAGGCUAGCGAAGACACAGAAGAACCUUCCAGAGGAACGGCGAAUCAAACUCGCCUGACACCUGAGUUUACGGAGGCAUUUGACCUCGUCAUCCGUAUACAGCAGCCAGAUAAUAACACGCUGCAGCAGGUUGCCACUGAUUUAUUGAAAGCUGUUCGCGGUAUGGAGGACGCGCAUGGAGACCCGGUCCUGCAGGUUUCGCCGGCCGAAGUGGCAACGAUAUGCGCAGGCCUCUCCGUCGACGACGUCAAAGCCGUGUUCUCUAAGGUGCUCCACGAAAAAGCCCACUUUCUGCGGCGGGCAAAAACCCAUGCACCUGCUGGUCCACCACAGCUGCGGCGGGAGGGCCGCGCGAGCUCCUGCGCGUCGGAGGCGAUAACCGCUGAAGACUUUCAGCAAGCCGCCAAAGGCUUUCUGUCAGGCUCACUGGACUCGACCAUCCCGGGAGUUGAAUGGCGAGACGUCGGCGGCAUGGACACAGCGAAGAAUGAAAUUCGUGAUUAUAUCUCUUUACCUCUACAGCAUCCUGAGCUUUUCGAAGGCGUGAAAACCCGAGGGGGCAUCUUGCUGUUCGGGCCUCCUGGCACUGGCAAGACGCUGCUCGCGAAAGCUGUUGCUACCGAGUGCGGAGUGAACUUUAUCUCGGUGAAAGGACCGGAACUUUUGAACAUGUAUAUUGGGGAAAGCGAACGAAACGUGCGGAAAGUGUUCCAGCAGGCACGAGCCUGCAAACCGUCUGUUCUUUUUUUUGACGAAUUGGAUGCUCUGCUCCCCCGCAGAGGGAGGUCCUCGGAUUCGGGUGGCGUCUUGGACCGGGUCGUCUCACAACUACUUGCUGAGAUCGAUGGCUUACCGAGCAAUGUGUUUCUUAUUGGCGCCACAAAUCGUGUAGAGCUAAUCGACAAGGCUGUGCUGCGCGCGGGUCGUCUGGACCGGUGCGUGUAUGUGGGGCUCCAAAAGAAUCGUCUGCCGCUGCUGGAAGCCCUUACGCGUCGCAUGACGCUGGAAGAUUCCGUGCACUAUGACGCGAAGACCAAAGCUUCUACCCGCCCCCGUUCGCGUCCUCUUCUGCAGCGGGUGGAUGAAGCCCUUCCGCCGCAAUUCACAGGCGCUGACUGCAAAGCACUCUGCAGCACAGCGGGCUUGAUGGCGGUAAAAGAGACAAUCAACUUUGUCGACGCCAUGAGUAAGGCCCUUCAGAUUUCACCUCUGGAGCUUCAGGAGCUGCUGCAAGACUUCGAAGCAGCGUAUAAACCCGUCUCCAAGGCUCUUUGUCGGAAGUGCGAACGGUUCCCCGCCGGCCUCGAAAGUCCCGUGAACUACCCUGACGCAGACGCAGAGAGCUGCUGCGCCUGGGAAGCCGAGGGCAAUGCUCAGAAGGGUGACCGGACCUUUCCUCUGCGGUGUCAGUUACUGUCCACCGCGGAAAGUGUUUUGGCUGACCAACUGCGCAUUGUGCUACUGCACGAUAGGCCACGAGCAGGUGAUUUCACGGACGAGUUUGCAAGCGCAUGCAAGUCCUUUCAGGUCUGGCGCAUACUCGAUGAAAUCAAUGAGGAAGCCCAUUCGGUGAAGCCGGACCCAGCUUCCGCCAGUCAAGAAAUAUGGUGCACCAGCACGAUGAGUUCUGCAGAGGUGUCAGAAUUAUUGGCACGCCUGACGUCGACUUGGGAAGGCACAGGUACUCCAGAACUUGUCCUGGAGCCUCUCGCUGCCGCCGGCAGGCUCACCGAGGGCAAGAACACACAUGUGGAAUCCCCGAGAAGCUCCGCGUGGCGUCUCAAUGGCAGCCGGGCAUUUCUUUGGAAAGGCAACAGCCACCAAAACACUGGAGAGCGUCCAGGACAAGCGGACGGUGGAAAGCGAGACGCGCCGCCCGCACAGGCGCUGGAGAGCCAAGCGCAGAGGGAUGACGGCGCGCGAUCGGCAGGAAGAGAAAACAAAAAAGAGGGCAGUUCGUUUCGGGAGGUGCCCAAGCGAAGUCGUUGGAUUCCGCUGCAGCACGCAGUUCCAUUAAGCGGAGCCCCUCCCCACGAGCUGCUUCACGUCAAAGUGGGUGAGCGCCACUUCCGCGCAGCACUGGCGCAGACGCGGCCCUCCCUCUCUACGCAGGAGCUCCUUCGUUAUGAGAAAACAAAGCACCAGUACGAGUCCGUCCCGGACAUCGAGCGACAGCACUGA